GCCAAUGCGGUUGAAGCAAACAUUGCAGGCUGAAAUGAGAAAUGAAUGGUUUGUGUUUGGAUGACUCAUUUCGAUUCUCACUCAGCACUCGGCAAUCGGCAUACCGUACAUGCGAGAGAAGUGCGAGGAGUGCGAGGACAAGUUCUUGGGUUAUUAUGCUGCUUCAGAAUUUGGAAGGCAGUCGAUCAGUUUUCGAGUUCGACAUCGGGAAUCCGACAUUAAUUUUCUCAUUCGGUGGCACUGUGAAUAAUUAAACUGGAACAUGCUUUAGUUUUUUAUGUUUUGUGUUGAGUGUUCUUCACAAGUUGUUCAUCUUUUCUACGAGUGAUCGUUUUUGAUAACAUGGAUUGAUUGUUUUUUAAUACGGGUUUUCGAUUCUGAGCACCAAUUCAUUGGUCUUCCCGAAUUAGCCUGUGACGUUCUACGAACGUCACUGUCGAGAUGUCGGUGUGCCUCGACAGCAGUCGAUCGAGAAACGGCUUAAAGCUUCCUCUGAACAGAAGCUUUAGUGAACCAGGCCCGCCUACCCCCCUCAGUCAUCUACACCCUACGAAAAGAUCCAAACUGGAGCCCCAAAACAGCAUCAGCUUACCCACGAGUCCCUGUGCAGAAUCAGCGACAGUGCAACGCCUUCAUGUUCUUAACAAUGUUAAAACUCUGGAACCUGAAGCGCUUAAGGCUAAGCUCGAGGACCACAGACCUGGAAAAAACUUCAUCCUUCUAGACUGCCGACCCUUCAUGAGCUACAACAUGAAUCAUAUCAGUGGCGCAAUCAACCUGAACUGUUCGGAUCGGUUUAAUAGAAGAAGGCUGCAACAAGGGAAAGUCAGUCUUGCUGAUCUUGCCACCACCAGAGAAGGCAAAGAGGUGCUCAAGAAACGUUCCUUCAAGGAGGUCAUUAUUUACGAUGAUUCCACCACCGGAAAAGACAGGAUAACUCUGGGACAUCCCUUACUUUUGGUCAUGGUUUCUCUAGUGGAGGACCAGAAGGAACCAUCACUGUUAAUUGGAGGCCACCGGGAAUUUCACAAAAAGCACAAAGAAUUUUGUGAACAUACACUCACACAAAGCCUUACGUCUCGGGGCAUUUCGCCCUCAGCAUCUUGCCCUAGUUUAGCCGAUGUAGACUCAUACCCCGCAUCGAAAGUCUUACCCUUUUUGUAUUUGGGUAAUAGUAAGGAUGCAGCCGACCUUUCUUGUCUAGAAGGACUUGGUACCACCUGCGUAUUGAACGUGACGUCGCAACUGCCCGGGUACCACGAAGAACGCGGUAUCACAUACAAACAAAUACCGGCGACCGACUCAGGCCACCAGAACCUGAAGCAGUAUUUUGAAGAAGCUUUCGAAUUUAUCGAACAAGCACGACUAAAUGGUUCACGAGUCCUGGUUCAUUGUCAAGCGGGCAUAUCAAGAAGUGCCACAAUAGCAAUUGCCUACAUAAUGAAAUACAAGCAAAUGUCGAUGUGGGAAGCAUACAAGAAAGUUAAGGAAGUGCGGCCGAUCAUUUCGCCAAACCUCAACUUUAUGGGUCAACUAUUAGAAUUAGAACAGAGUUUACGCACUGACAACAACACCAAUAACAAUCUGCAAUGCCGAUGGAGUCAACAAUCCACGGAUGAAGUGACGCAGGGCUGUAGUGUAUGAGUUGUGUAAAAGAUCAAGACAAUUUGAGACUGUUGUUGAUAGAACAUUGAUUGAAUAGUCGACCAAGUCGCCAUAAAGUUCCAUUCUAGUCGUUUCAAUUGGACAAAAGGCUGUGUACCAUUAAAGAUAUUUCACGUUGAUGUGAUUGUUUGCCGUAUUUGAUGUGGAAGCUGGUAACUCGUUCUUUUCUACUUUGUCACCGUUUGCGUGAAUGGUACCAUUUUCGACUGCCUAUGGAAAUUAACAUCUUAUAAUUGAAAUUAACCAACCAAAAGUCUAAGAUAUCUGAUCCAUUUAUACAUUAGAGGCUUUUCUUCAAUUGAUGCAACUAUCUGAGCAUCACUGAAUAACCUCGACGUUCAAGCCUUGUUUCAGUAAAAUGAAAACUCUUAUAUAUAAUGAUAACGUAGUUUCCUACCAUGAUUGUUGCAGCUCGAAAGCUGUUGAAAGUUAGUGCUUAAGUGCCAACUAAUGGGACAAUCUGGACUUGAAAAAUUAUAUGUAAUGUUUGUUAUACUGUGUUAUACGUAACUAAACACACACUGAAAGUUAAUAAAAGUUAUACACACUAAAAUAGAAAAUGUAGAUAUUUUGUCUGUUAGUGUAGAAGGGCUCGAUUGUUUUCUCCGUCAUGGCAAUCUUCUUGUAAAGAUAGUAGAGCGCAAUUGAAAAUCAAGUAAAACGUGGAUGGAUUUUGUGUCGAUUUUUAUAUAAACAAUUAGCCCUUAGUCUACUGACUAUGUUUGAACUUUGUGGUAUAUGCAGCACAUAAUAUAUCGGGUCAUUCUUGUACGCUGCACAUGAUCAUCCAAUUAUAAGAUGUUUAAGAAAUACGUCAAUGAUAGGUACUUGUAAAACUUAUAUUCCUUCAUUCGCCGGGUUAGCCAAGGAGAUUCUAAAUGUAAAUUUGCUGGGCAAAUGUCUAACGGCUAAAGGAUGAAUCUGUCUGGUCUUCGGUACCACGAACACGACUAAAAAAAUAAUUGUACCAGAAAGGAGUAAAAGUUCUACACACAACGACAAACAAAGAUGUAAUUAUUCAGUUAAAACUAGUUUAGUUUGCGUAUGCGUAUGCGUAUGUCAUGCAUAUAUGCAGCGAUACACUACCUAUUUCAUUUUGACAGUAUAUUUCACAAUUUGUUAUUGUAUAUGUUACAAGUGUAAUGUUUCUUUUAGAUUUUAGGUGUAAAACACAUUUAUUUAUUGGUUUAUCGAUAUGUAUAUCCACAUCUAUAUGCUGCAAGUAUUGGUUUUUAUAAUUUUGAGCAAAUCUUGCAGUAAAUAGAGGUCUAUUGUCAUGUAGGAAUAUAAAAAUGCCAUAUGUAAAUUUAAUACAUUUGUUUGAGCGGAUAUAGUCAGUAGUUGGAAUUUGCUACAAAGCAAAAGGUUUGUCCAAAAUAAAGUAGAAGGGCACUUAAUCAGGGUUUGAUUAAUGUUAUUGUGAUUUUUUAAAAUAAUUAGUAAGUUAGCGCAAGUACUAAACAAAUGUGUAUGGUAUUUGCAGUAUCAUCCACUAAAUGCCAUAAGUAACAAUAUUUUGGGAACGAUAAUAACUUGCACACACCGUCAGUGGAUUUGUGAAGAACAUUGUCUUAACUGGGGUCAUUCUAUCUGGUUUUGACUCUGCGAUUAGAAGAAUUAAAAUUAGCUUAAUGACUUUGGUCUGGAAAUAGAUUGUUGAAUUGUCUAGUCAAUGUUCGUAAAUCAGAUGUAACGCAUAUUUAGGUGCCUUCACAAGGUCUACGUUGAGACUUUGUAUAGAGUUCAGACUGUGAAAAUGUAAAAAUAUUUGUAAAACACAAGACUUAUAUAUAAUCUUAAUAAAAAUUUUAGAUGUUA